AACCUGCAAGUCUUUGACUCCGGUUUAGUCGAAAUCGUCGUCGGUUGGGAUUUGCCUCGUCCGGGGUUAGCCUGAUCGCAAAGUGAAGUGCACGAGUGAGAGUGCCGUGAGCCCCGAAAUGCCACCCCAAGAAAAAAUGCCCCAGGCCUCCGGCGAGUCCGAGUGCGAGGCUCCCGUGGAGAUGCAAUGCACGGCCGGAUUCGCCAACGGCGCCUUCGUUCCGGACCCGGAAGACAAGAGCGAGAAGCCGGCUCCGGAGGAGGCUGGCAAGGGGGCGUUCGAGUUCGACGAUCUGCUGCCGCAGAUAGGGGAGUUCGGGAUCUACCAGAAGAUCCUGUUCCUGAUGAUGAUCCCGUUCGCCUUUUUCGUGGCGUGGGUGUACUUCACGCAGAUUUUUAUCACGAUUGUUCCGGAGCAGCACUGGUGCUGGGUCCCUGAACUUGCCAAUUUGACCAUCGAGGAAAGGAUAGCGCUGGCUAUACCCAGAGGACCGGACGGAAGCCUGGAAAGGUGCCAAAUGUACGACGUCAACUUCACCGACGUGGUGAAGAACCGCGUUCCUUUGAACACGUCCUGGCCGAAGACUCCCUGCAGGAGUGGCUGGGAGUACAACUACACGGAAGUUCCUUACGCGUCGAUCGCCACAGAACAAAACUGGGUCUGCGAGAACUCGGCCCUCCCCCACACCGCCACCUCCAUCUUCUUCUGCGGCGCCAUCCUCGGCGGCCUGGUCUUCGGCUGGAUCGCCGAUCGCUUCGGCCGCAUCCCGGCCCUCGUGGGCACCAACCUCGUGGGCUUCGUCGGCGGCAUCGCCACGGCCUUCUGCAGCACCUUCGGCACCUUCUGCGUGUGCCGCUUCCUCGUGGGAAUGGCUUUCGACAACUGCUUCACCAUGAUGUACAUUCUGGUACUGGAAUACGUGGGCCCCAAAUGGAGAACCUUCGUCGCAAACAUGUCAAUCGCAAUUUUCUUCACGUUUGCCGCUUCGAUUUUACCAUGGAUCGCCUACUAUCUAGCAGACUGGAGGCUUCUGUGUUACGCGACUUCGGCCCCCUUGCUUUUGGCCAUCAUCACACCCUGGAUGGUACCAGAGUCGGCAAGGUGGCUGGUGUCUCAAGGAAAAUUCGACAAAGCCAUCGGAAUCUUGAAAAAAUUCCAAAGAAUUAAUAGGACCAAAGUGGAAGAGGAAACCUACUCGAAAUUUAAAGCCAGCUGUCUCAAAACCCAGAAGGAGGAAGAAAUGGACAAGGCGUACACGGUUUUGGACUUGUUCAAGACGCCACGGUUGCGCAAAAUCACUAUUUUGUUGAUAGUGAUGUGGAUGGCCAUCUCGUUGGUGUUUGAUGGACAUGUUCGAAACGUCGGCUCUCUAGGACUCGACAUCUUCCUGACUUUUACCAUCGCCAGUGCCACGGAAUUCCCGGCUGACACGUUCUUGACCAUGGUGUUGGACGUGUGGGGCAGGAGAUGGUUGGCUUGUGGGUCCAUGGUUCUCAGCGGGAUUUUCAGCCUUCUUGCCACGACAGUACCAUAUGGAGUCCCUUCGGCCGCCCUCGCCAUAAUGGGCCGCUUCGCCGUGAACAUCUCCUACAACAUAGGUCUCCAAUACGCCGCCGAGCUCCUCCCCACAGUAGUCAGAGCCCAAGGGGUCGCCCUCAUCCACAUCAUGGGCUACGUCGCCAGCAUCCUCGCACCCUUCGUGGUCUACUUGGCCAACGUGUCCGUGGACCUCCCCCUCCUGAUUCUGGGGGUGUUGGGCGUCGUCGGCGGAAUCCUAGCCCUCUUCUUGCCAGAAACCCUCGACCAAGAACUACCACAGACGUUACAAGAUGGAGAGAACUUCGGAAUCGGGCAAAAAAUCUGGGACUUCCCUUGCAUCAAGAAGAAGGAUCCCGAGGUCGAAAGCGUCGGCGAAUUCCGAAGGGCCCACUCGAGACGGUCUUCAGUCAGAGCUUCGAUCCGCGGAGAGAUCCGAUCGAGUAUGAUCAACAGGGCGUCGGUCCGAUCUAGGAAGUCUAGUUGUAUUCCAGAAAACCAAAUUGCCUAAAGUGACAGUAUUCGAAGUCGUGAUAAUACAUAAGUUUAUGUAUUGUAGAUGGGUGUCCAUCUGUUUGUCUGUGGUAUUAUUUUUACUAAGUAUUUGUAUAUAAUACUCACUGUAGAUGUAUAGUUGUUUUUUUUUUUUAAUAUUAUUUUGUAUAAAUUAUUAUUGAAACAAGUUAGAGUUUUGAAAGAGUGCCUUUGGAGUGAUGCUUGUAUUGUAGGCUAGAUGAUGUUCAGAUCUCUGUGAAUUUGAUCUGAAAAAAUACGUUUUUUAUAGUUUGAUAACAAAAGUGUAUUUUUAAAGUUCCUAUAUAAUAAAACAUUCAAAUGCUUGUUA